AUGAGAUUAGCUCUGCACACGGUCAUCUGCUGCUGUGUUUUCACCACUGUCCUGCCACUGGUGAAAUGUGCCACAGGGGAGAUCAACACCAGCCUGAAAAAAAGGUCCAAAGUAUGGCUGCACACCCGUAUGAAGAGAGAUCUGUGUAACACCUUAUUGACAGCCGCUGAGAGCCACUCUGACAUCCAUGUUGGAGCGCAGCAGGACGAGAAUGGAAAACUGGCAUCACUUCCGUCAAGCUUUGGUCUACAUAUCAGACGCAGAAGAACGGCCAACAAAGCUGCAGGCUGCGCCUUGGUCACCUGUGCAUUACACGACCUGAUCUACAGUCUGCACCGGAUGAGCAACACCGCGAGAGAGGUCAAUGCCCCUGAGAAAAAGAUGGGCUCCGGAGGGUACGGACGCCGCCGACGCUCACUCCUGGAUGUCUCUCGACUCUUCCUCCAGACAGGAAGACAAAGGCGGAGCAUUGAAGCUGCUUCCAAAGCGAGCUUGGCAGCUGAGACAGAAGACAAUUCCUGA